AUGGCUGAAGAGGAUAACUUUGAUUUGGAUAUUUAUGGAGAUGGCGGUUACAACGGACAAGAAGGACCGGAACUGAUUCUGGAUGCCCCCGAGACCAAUGGGCAUGAAGGCGGGGAAGGCCAGUAUGGUAACAAUAAUAAUACACAGACAGCAAACGGUCAAGGUGAACAACAUCAGAUUCAGAGCACUGCAGGUCAGGCCCCUCCGCCGCCGCAGCAGCAGCAGCCAGUGCAGCAAGGCCAGAAACGCAAGACUUCCUCGUCCGAAGAUCGACCCACAGACCCAGAUGCGACUACUGCACUCUUUAUUUCUGAAUUAUUCUGGUGGACUACUGACGACGAUAUCCGCGGCUGGAUCAAUGAGGCUCAUGCUGAGGAUGAGUUGAAAGAUGUCACUUUUAGCGAACACAAAGUCAAUGGAAAAAGCAAGAGUCAAGCAUACGUCGAAUUCACCACCUUACAAGCUGCAACCGCAGUCAAACACCUCAUCGAACAUUACGCCAGUACCGGCCAACCCGGACGCAAACACAGCGCCAACUACACCAAUCCACACCAAAACCCAUUCCGCACCCUUCCCAAGGACGCACCCGCUCGCAAAGAUGACCGCAACAACAGACCCUUCAACCAACCUGGAACCCAAAACAUGGGCUAUGGCAUGAACAACAUGGCCGGCGGCGGCACAGGCGGUGGUUUCCGUGGCGGACGUGGAGGAUUCAACCGUGGAGGCAUGGGCUACAACAAUCGCAAUUUCUCCGGAGGCAUGAACACCGGUUUCCAAGGCGCCGGCGGCCCCAUGGGCGGUGGAGGCUUCAAUAACCCUAUGGGAGGCGGCAUGGGCAACUAUGGAGGAGGCUUCAACAACCGCGGCGGAAACAUGAUGGGUGGGGGCAUGCGAGGUGGUCCAAACAUGCGUGGUCGUGGUGGUGGACCCAACAUGGGCGGUGCCCCUAAUAUGAUGGGUAUGGGCAUGAACCCGAUGGGUGGAAUGGGUAUGAAUCCUGCCAUGGCUGGCGGUAUGAACCCUAUGAUGGGUAAUAUGGGUAUGGGCUUCCAAGCAGGAAACUUCAACCCCAAUUUUGGCGGCGGCUUCCAGGGUAACCCUCAAAUGGGCAAUGACCAAGGAUCAUGGAAUCCGCAUGGCGCAAAGAGGACGAGACAGGAGUAA